CAAUUUUCAGUAGCAAUGAUGCCCGAUGGGUUAGACCUCAAUGCCGAGCCUCCUAGAGACUGGGAUGAAAUUAGCGAGUGGGAAGGGCCUGCAUAUGAACUCGAUUAUGACUUGGUGUGGACUGAUGAAGGUGCCUCGCAAGAAGAGCAGUCUGGUGGUAAUGGAGAAAGUGGUGGACGUGCAAGAGCUGCUGGACAACGGAGAGCCAACGUAGCUGCUGGUGAUGGGUCUGCUGGACAACAACGAUCUGACGAAGCUGCCGGGGCUGUUGGACAUGCAAGAGCUGAUGGAGGACCUACUGGACAUGAUGGAGCUACUGACGAUGGAAUAGCUGCAGCAGGUUUUGUCCCUGCUGCUGAUGGAGAAGGCACUGGACAAGGACGAUCUGACGGAGCUACUGCUGGUGGAACAGCUGCAGUGGGUAAGUACCUGCUGGAUGUUCAUGUUUUUAGCUUCAAAAUGUUUCCUCUUUACGCAUGAAUGUCUUGCCGACUUAUUAAUCAU